AUGUCGUACGUUGCCAUUGCAACUUCACCCUUCCAAUCGGCAGUGGCAGAUCUGCUGCCCUGUAACAAGUAUCUCAAAUCGCGGCUAACGCAUGCGCUCAUCGAGGUAUACGGCUUGCUCGAUCAUGUCGAUGAGUGCAUCGUUGACGCGGUGGCUCAUCGGGACCAACUCGUCCAAUUUCACCAGAGGGAGUACGUAGAUACUGUUUUGAAUGAGCAGCACAAUAGGGUGCAACUGUAUGACAGCGAUGGCGAGACGGGCUGGAACUACUUAAACGGCGUUGCUCUCGAGUGGGGGGAAACUGGUGAAGGAGUGGACCAAUGUGGGUUUGAUUCUUGGAAGGAGCUGUUCCAGUACUAUCUCAGAGUAUCUGACGAAAUAACGCCGUCUAGAAAGCGGCCCCUCGACUCAGACGAUGACGACGGCAUAUCUGGAUCAGAGGCCAAGGAGGAGGCACUGAAAGUGUUCAAUCUGGAGGGUGAUUGUCCCAUAUUCUCCUACUUACCCAUGUACGUACGCACCGUCACUGGGGCAACGCUACAGCUGGCGGACUGUCUGCUGAGAAAAGCCGCCCUUGACAAGAGGUUUAUCGGUAUGAACUGGGACGGCGGUCGGCAUCAUGCAUCCAAGGGCAAAGCAAGUGGGUUCUGCUACGUGAACGACAUUGUGCUGCUGAUCCAGAAACUGCGGAAACAAGGUACCGGCAAAGUCACGUACCUCGACUUCGAUCUGCACCACGGCGACGGCGUCGAACGGGCUUUUAAGUUCACCAAGAAAGUGCAGACAAUCUCCCUGCACCUGUACGAACCCGGUUUCUUCCCCUGCACUGGUUCCCUUGAGGGAUCAAGCGGGUUCGACACUGUCAAUCUCCCGCUCCAGCACGGCCUCACGGACUCGUUCCUCCAGGGACUUGUGGACCAGGUUGUGAAUCCGCUGAUUCAACGGCACGGACCCGAGGUCAUCGUCAUACAAUGCGGAGGCGACGGCCUCCUCGGGGACACAUUCCACGAGUGGCAACUGUCCAUCCGCGGACUCACAAAAUGCAUCCUGGACGUCAUGUCGCAUUCUACGCAAGCACAUGUCAUCUUACUGGGCGGUGGGGGCUACAAUCCGACACUGAUGAGCAGGUUUUAUACAUACCUCACAGGGAGAAUCCUGCACCAAUUCAAGAACACGGAUCCGUUCCCUGGCAUGAACGGAGCCCAGGAGGAAUCUCUCAUAAGGGACCACAAGUACAUUGAGUGCUACGGCGACGACGAGCAUUACAAAUUCUGGGUCUACAGUAUACAGGGGUCCCAAAAACACCGCACAUUGCGGGAGGAAAACACAACAGACCAGAUCGACAAGUUUAUCAAGUUCUACAGCAUAUAA